UAUUAUAAAUAAAUAAAGUUUAACUGAACAAUACAAAGUGUUUUGUGCGGAUUGAAAUUCAAUGUUGCAUUUAUUUAAAUGAUCAGAAUUACAUUAGAAUUUUCUUUUGGAAAUACCCGAAAUCGGCAAAAUGAAAACACUAUUUGGCAUACGCAGCAAUAUUGCUAUCAUUGUAGUGGCUGCCAUAUAUUUAAUAGUCUCACUCAAUACCAGCAUAAAUGGAAUAAGUAAUUUUCAAGAAUUUCUAUCUGAGGAACAUACACCACAUGGCUAUCUGCUUAUAAACACCGAUACAAAAUCUUUUCACAUAUUUACAUUGUUCCUUAGCUUGAGUUGUUUAAUAUCAUCGAUUUUAUUAAUUUUGGGCAUUGUUGAAAAACGUCAUGUCAUACUGCAGCCCUGGUUAAUUGUUAAUAUGGCUUUAAUGGCCAUUUUGACAAGUGGCUUUUUCUAUUUAUUGUAUUUACUGGUUCAAGUUUUUCAUAGCAGUUGGAAGAAUGUCUGCGGUUUACUAUUGGCAAUUUUUAUUAAUAUAACAGUCAUGGCAUUUCAUGACUAUCUUUGGAAUGGCGUAUACUAUUUGUACAAAACGUUGCAAAGAGAAUCGAGGCGUCUGUAUCGUGUCAUAGAUAAUGAAGAUGAUGACUUAGUCCAUGUAGUGUAAUUAAAAUUGUAUCAAUUACCUUAAAAACAAAUUAAGUGUGUUUAAAAAAUUACAAAAUCCAACUAUCAGUGGCCAUACAUUAAAACAACUUAAGUGGAAAACCAACGAUUUUUAUUGGUUACAGCAUCAUAAACAACAGCUUUGUAUUGUCUCAAAAUUAUAAUUUUUUAUUUAAGCUGUUUCCUCAUAUUAUUUCUUAAUUCUAUUUUCGAAAUCAAAAUAAAUUUUACCUCUUAACCACUCCGUUAAUGAACUCAUUAUGAAUUAAUUCAUAGGCUUAAUUCCUUUGUACAUUAAAUGUAAUGAAUUUCUUCCUUUGAGAAUUCAUUCUUUAUAGAAUUAAUAACUUAUUGAAUCAUUUAAAUUUUCUAGAAUUCAAACCCAUUAUAAAAUAGCUUUAAAAAUGUAUUGAAUAAUUAAAUUUUCCAUCAAUUUAUAACUAUUACGAAAUGGCUUAAGUAAAUUUUUUCAAAAUAUUUUGUAAAUGAUUAAAGACUAAACUGAAUGAAGAACAAAUAGUUCUAUUCAAUUUGUAUUAGAUUUGAAUUAACAAAUCAAUUGAAUCAUUCAAGGUUUGAUUGAAUUCUGUUAUGAAUUAAUUCAACUAUGAAUGAAUUCUAUUUAAAUAAAAGUCUCUGAAUGAAGCUAAAGAAUUAGAUGUUGGGAAUGAAUUUAUGGAAUGAAGGGCUGGUUUUUUUAAUUCCGAAUUAAGAUUUUAGUGAAUUUAUCUCAAAUUUAAUUAAAAACCUCUGGUUUCAACAUUUUAUUUCAUAAUUGAAUAAUUAAAAAUACAAAAUUUAUUAUAAAUUUUAAAGUUUUCGACAUAUUUUGUUUAAAGUUUUCACUAAAACCCCUAUCUUGAAACUACUACUUAUCAACAAUGUUAAUAUCAUGCUGCUAUUAACUUUGUUCAAAAUCACGCUGUUAUUAACUUUGUUGACAACAUUAACGUUAAAAGCUCUAGUUGAUUGUGAAAAUAGAACAUUCUAGUUUUGUCCGUUAGAUUAUUCAUGAGACUUCUAGAAGAUGGUUCUCUAAUGUACAUAUAUCAUAGGCGCUGUUAGAGUUAACAUCAACUGUAUUAGCAGUGUUUUCUUGUAAAUUAUAAAGUGUGUGCAUUAAAUGAAAGUGACCAUUUAAAUUGUUGUGAUGAUUUAAAUAAAUAAAGAGUUGUUACCAUUUUUAA